UUUUCAUUGACAGCGGAUGUCAUUACGCGCGCCGUUUCGCGCCAAUUUUGAAAAGUUUUUUUAUAAAAGUGUUGUGUUAACGUGAUACACUUGUGUGUUUGUUUGGUUGUCUAUGGUAAGAAUAGUGCUGUGAAUGGUGUAUAUCCAGGAUAUAUAAAUACGUUGUGGAUUAUUGUACGUCUGUACUCUGUAUUUUAAUAAUUCUAAAUAGCGGCACGGUUACUUCAAAUUCAUUGAACUUUAGGAGUGUAUAUCCAAACUUUAGAUCUGUGAUAUAAAUAAGUUAUUAACACAGUGCAACACGAAAUACAACGAACGAACAGUGAACAUAAAACAAACAAAAUGUGCAAGUGAACACGUAAUAAUGUCAAAGUGUAAACACAAAGGGGAUGGCUCUACGAAAUGACGUCAUGGAGUCCAACUUCCUGCCCGCGGACACGCCGCCGAUGACUGACAUCGCGUUCCAGCCGAAAACGGACUUGGCCAUCGAAUACUUUAACACUUUCAACCAAAUAUGCGAGAACUACCGCGACGACAGGCAAGCGGACGGCCUACGAGCCGUAGACGCGCUACGCGGUGCGCCCGAUCAGCUACGCGGGCACUAUGAUGCGCUACGGUCGCCGUCAGAUCACCUACGCGCCCCCGCGGACGGCGUGCGCGCGUCGUCUGACUCGCUGCGGCUGUCGUCGGACACGCUACGUGUUUCCUCAGAAAUAUUGGACGGUAGCCGCGAGUUUAUAAGCACAGACUUUCAAAAAACAGAGUUUAGUGACAAAGUGUUUUUGGGAAAGGACGAGCAAGUGUUUCAGUUCGGACAACCGGACGCCUCAGCGUUAUUAAGGCAUCGCGCGAGGCGGAGGUACAAUGAGGAGCAUGGCCUGCCUACAGCCACCAGUCAGGAGAGCGGGUACGGCAGCGAUGAGUUCGGGCACGACUCGCCCAGCCGGUACGCGUCGCCGAAGGGCGCCGGCGCGGGCGCCGCGUACCAAGAGCCGUACUACGGCGGCGAGUGGGGCGCCGGCUACUACCAGCCGCCGCCCUACCACCACGACCCCUACGCGACCUCGCCAGGCAUAGGCGCGGGCGCCGGGGCGGGCGAGGCGGGCGCGGCGGGCGGCGCGGAGCUGCCGCUGCCGCCGAUGUCGUCGUUCCGCGCCGCGGCGCCGGUGCACUCGCCCACCGACGCCAUGCUCGUCGCCAAGCCCACCAUGCAGCCGAUGUACGCGGGCGGUGCGGCGGGCGCGGGGGGUGUCGGGGUGGGGGGCGGCGUGGCGGGGGGCGUGGCGGGCGGCGCGGGGGGCGAGGCUGCCAGCCUGUCGUCGUACGGCUCGUCGCCCUCCACGCCCGUGCACUCGCCGCCGCCGCUGCACGCGCGUCUCUACCCGCUCAAGCACGCGCACAAUGGACAGGGUACAAGUUGGGUGGGCGCGGGCGUGUCGCCGCCGCCGGGCACGCCGCACGGGCCGCACACCCCGCACGGCUCGCACAGCGCGCACACAGCGCACACAGCUCACACCGCACACGCACAGCACGCCGGCCCGCACGCGCCGCUCGCCGGCGUGCUGCCCAACGGCCACCACGUGGCGGUGUACCCGCCGCCUGUCAUGGGCGGCGGCGCGGAGCAGCGCCAGCUCGACGAGGCGAUGGUGUUCCUGCGCGAGCACAGCGACGUCGGCGUCAGUGCGGGCGCCCGCAUGGAGGAGCGGCUGGACGACGCCAUCAACGUGCUGCGCAACCACGCGGAGGCGCCCGACCUCUACCCGCAGGACGUGCCGCACCAGCCCGCAGCGACUCGGCUGGGCGGCCUCCCACACUUACAGCCGGAGCCUGUCAAAUUAGAGCGACAUCUAUUGCCCAAUACUAAGAAGCGCAAGGAGCCGCCGGACUCGGGCGUGGACUCGAAGCCGUCCUCGUCUGGCUCCGACCCGCUCGCCGGCAAGCCGCCCUCCGCCAAGCGCUCGCGCCGAUAUGUGGCCGGCAGCUGCUCGUCGGCGGACGAGGACGAGCUGGACCCCGACGCGAAGGCGGCGCGCGAGCGCGAGCGCAGACAGGCCAACAACGUGCGCGAGAGGAUACGAAUAAGAGACAUAAACGAGGCGUUGAAGGAGCUCGGACGGAUGUGCAUGACGCACCUGAAGAGCGAUAAGCCGCAGACCAAGCUCGGCAUCCUCAACAUGGCCGUUGAGGUCAUCAUGACGCUCGAGCAGCAAGUCAGAGAGCGCAACCUGAACCCGAAGGCGGCGUGCCUGAAGCGGCGCGAGGAGGAGAAGGCGGAGGACGCGCCCAAGCUGCUCGCCGCGCCGCUGCACCACUACCAGACCAUGCCGGGCAUGGGCCAAGUGCCAGGGCAAGGGCCGGCGGGCGGCCAAUAGCGAGGGCGUGCGCGCACACACGCGCCCCCCCACACGUGCACACACACGCACACACACGCGCGCCUCUAGCCGGCACUAGGGGCCGGCCCGCACGAUAGCGGCCUUUACUCAAAUAUGUUUCGGAUUAUUUUCAAUGUAACUUCACUUUUUUUUUGUAUAGCAUCAAUGUAGGUUUUAUUACUGUCUAUCUGUUGAAAUUUGUCUGUAUUUUUGUUUGUCUAUCUGUUUCGUAUCUCGUUUCGUUCUUCCCCUUCACCUUUCUGUGUCUGUAAUCGGACGGCAAAGCGCAAAUGUUAGACAUUCCAUUGGCCGCCGUGCGGGUUGCGCGUGUGUGUCGGGCCGUUCGCGCGCGUCUGUAGGCGCUCGGGCCGUUCCGCGCCGUCCGUCCCGGCCUGUACAUAGCUCUAAGUGUGUAUAUUACCUAGACAUAGGACAUAGCUUUAUAUCCCGAACGUUCAUCACGAAAUUUUGUAUGUCUAUCCAAAGACGCGUCGAUGGAGGAAAAUUGUAAAAUAGCCCCCCCCUAGAUAUACGUAGCAUAAUUAAUGGAUAUAUGAGAUGAAGAGAUAUUUUAAUUACGACUCGGAAUAGUUUUCGUUCGCUGCCAUAAGCGUAGGCUAAGCUCCGCAGUCCGUUUCCGUGGCCGCUCCCGUCCCGCCUGUAAUUACUUCUCGACCGAAUCGCUUGACAAUAAACACCUCGGAAAUGGACUUUGGAAUUAUUUUAUUAGGGAUUUCUUUACGCCUUUUUAGAGAUUCGAUGGUGGGACGAAUGACGUAAUGUUUUAUUUGUGAAUUUGUGUGUUUUUCCCUAUUUUCCCGGAAGGGUCCCUGUUACACGGCCUUACGUAAUGAAAUAAAUGAAUUGAAGGAAAUAGGGACAAACACACAAACGUUCCGUUUGGCUGCUAACUUAAGUGACGUACUUAAGGUUUUUAUUUUGUAACUCCAGUGAAUUUUAUGAUUUUACCCCGUUUACAGGUUUAUGUUACGCGAUCGCGUAUCGUUUUAUUUAUAUUAUUCGGUAGCUAUAGCGUUUUUGAUUGGAUCGUACUUAUCCAGUGCACUGUAUGAAAUUAAUUAUUUUUUGUAUGAUUAUUAUUAUUUUUAAUCGAGAUUUUGAUUUAUUGAUUAUUAUAAAUCGCAACGCAUGACAAAUCUAAUUUUGCAUGCAAAUCAAGUAUUUUUAUAGAUUUUUUAUAGUGCACUCGAAAUUGUUUUUACGGAACGAACGCGUCUCGAUAAAUUAUAAUAAAAUAAGUUUAAGGAGAGCUAACGUGACAUUGUGUUCGUUUCGCGUUCAACAUUUGAAUGAUUAUUUGGCGACAAUCGACUUGUAAAUAGGAAGUGGAUAUCGAAGCUCAAUGUAAUGUCGGUAUCGGUGCGAGCUCACACACACGCGGUCCGUUUCCUGCUCCCGAAGUCAGAUUCUGAAUUCCUAGCACAAACGUAAAACCGCACGUUAGAUUUUUUUUCGUUCGGAAUAGUUUGGUUUCCUUGUGAAAUAUUUAUAUAUUCCGAAUCUAAUAUCUCGAUCAGGAAACCUGAUUGGUGUGUGUGAGCCUCGGAAGCUGGUCGCUGGGGGGGGGGCACUGCGGGCUGUACCAAAUUAGUAACUAUUUGUUAGUUACGCGUGAGGCACAGCACCAACAGUCCCCCCCCCCCCACUCGCCACGAGAUUGGAAAGUUCAAAAUAUUUUUUUAGUAUUUCGUCGUAGUUUUUAAGUCACGCAAUCGCGACCGCUGUUAGCUUAGUUGACUUUCUCUUCCAUUUAGCGUUAAUUUUAAGUUUUUUUUUAUUAUGAAUCGAUCGAUUUGGUUCCGCUCGUCACACCGGUAACUUAUUGGAAAUGCUCAGGUUAAUAGAACGCGGCACUGGAGUUGAUUUUUAUUUCUUUCUGUUACUAAUCCUGGUGAUUCGUAAUGAUGAGGCUUUGCAAGAUUUGUUUGUUGUUUUGUGAACUCUGUAUAAUGGAGCGAUCCCUCUGUUCAAAUGGAUUAUAAAUAUUACAAGAAAGCUCUUAUUAUAAAAAUGAAUAAUUAUAAUUAAAUAUAAAUGUGCCAUUCAUUUUGCUAAAA